AGACAAUACUUGUAGAAAUUUAUUGCAAUCCUGAUUGGCAUACUCCAUAAUUGAACGAUUGUCUUGUUCCAUAAUCACUGACAAUAAAAAGCAGUACUUUGUAACUGUUUAAGUCAGAGAGAGAGACAUAAUGGAAGAUGGAAAGAAUUGUCACCCUCUUCUGAGAGGAGGUAACACAAGAGAGAAAGGUUACAGCCAUGGCCUAUCUUCCUCUCAGAUGCAAGUUAUGGCUUCCUUCUGUGAGGCCCUAUUGCCUUCUCUCCCAUUAAACAAGGAACAAAAUCAUGCACUUUCAGCUUUCUACAGUGUCUCUGGUUCUCAGGCUCCAUUUCCUGAUGAGACUGCAGAGAUCAUGUUCAAGAGGGUAAUGCCACAAGCAUGGUCCUUGGUUAGCUGGGUUUUGUGGAUUCUUUCAUUCAGGUUUGGGGCACUGUUGCUUUGUGGAAAGGAUUGCUUGGAAUGGAAGUGGCCUUUCAUCCACAAAUUCUCUGAGAUUCCAUUGAACAAGAGAGAAGAAAUUCUCAGGAAAUGGUCAAGGGAGAACCAUUGGAGACCUCUCAGGAUAGUGUUUGUGCUCAUCAAACUUGUCUCCUUCUACAAUUUCUUCACAAGGACUGAUGGAAGUGGGCAUAAUCCAGCAUGGGAAGCAAUGGGUUACAAAGUGGACACCAGGCAGAAGUUAACACAUAAGGAGAGGCCUCUACAGAAGGGGAUAGUAGAGACUAUGUAUGAAAAUGAUUCUACUUUAAUCCAGUCUCUCACCGAAAAGGGCCUUGAAGUCACUGAAGAUCCAGAGCACAAUUCAUACAAUAUCAAAUGUGAUAUUGUCAUUGUUGGCUCCGGCUGUGGUGGGGGAGUUGCGGCUGCAAUUCUCGCAAACUCGGGUCUGAAAGUGGUUGUCCUAGAGAAAGGAGAGUAUUUUGUUUCCGAAGAUUAUUCUUCCCUUGAAGGUCCAUCCAUGAAUGAGCUUUAUGAAUCAGGUGGAAUCAUGUCAAGCGUCGAUGGGAAGAUGAUGAUCUUGGCUGGUUCAACAGUUGGUGGAGGCUCGGCUAUAAACUGGUCUGCAUGCAUCAGAACACCUGAUCCUGUUCUGAAGGAAUGGUCUGAAAGAUAUAAAAUCCCACUUUUUGGGAGCUCUAAUUAUCAAUCUGCAAUGGAUGCGGUAUGCAAAAGGAUUGGUGUGACACCACAAUGUGCAAAAGAAAGCUUUCAAAAUCAAAUUUUCAGAGAAGGAUGCAAGAAAGUUGGCUUAAAAGUUGAGUCAGUUGCAAUAAACGCUUCAGCAGAUCACUAUUGUGGCUCAUGCUGUUAUGGUUGUAGAACUGGAGAUAAGAAGGGCACUCACUCUACUUGGUUGGUUGAUGCUGUGGCGAAUGGUGCAGUGAUUGUCGCCGGAUGUAAAGCCGAGAAGUUCAUAUUGGAAGAUGGAAAGAAUGGACUGAAGAAAAAGAAAUGCAUAGGAGUAAUUGCUGCAGCCACUUGGAGGAGUAAGGUCACAAAGAAACUCCGAAUCGAAUCCAAGGUAUCUAUUUCAUCAUGUGGCUCUCUCUCCACUCCUCCUCUAUUGAUUUCAAGUGGUCUGCAAAAUCCAUACAUUGGGAAGAACCUCCGUCUGCACCCGGUCCAGUUAGCUUGGGGCUACUUCCCGGAAGACAUGACAAACUUCAGUGGUACUAACUAUGAGGGAGGAAUCAUAACUGCAAUCCACAAAGAAUUUGCAGAGGAUUCCACCCCAAAAUUCAUUAUAGAAGCACCUGCUCUAGGACCUGGAUCAUUUUCAACAUUGGUUCCUUGGGUCUCAGGGCUCGAUGCGAAAGACAGGUUGGCGAAGUAUGCAAGAACUGCUAACCUUUUUGCAUUGGUAAGAGACAAGGGGUCAGGAGAAGUAAAGGCUGAAGGCAGAGUUUCUUACAGACUUGACCAAGUGGACAAGGAAAGCCUUAGAAUUGGAUUGAGGAAGGCCUUGAGGAUCUUGGUUGCGGCCGGAGCUGUAGAAGUCGGCACUUACAGGAGUGAUGGCCAAAGAAUCAAAUGCAAAGGGAUCAAGGAGGAAGAUUUUGAGGAGUUUCUGGACACAGUCACAGUGCCCGGUGGUCCCAGCUCAAGGAAUGAACUUUGGACUAUUUUCACUACUGCACAUCAGAUGGCAAGUUGUAGGAUGGGCGCCACCGAAGAUGACGGCGCGCUCGAUGAAAAUGGCGAGAGUUGGGAAGCAGAAGGGUUGUAUGUGUGUGAUGCAAGUGUGUUUCCCAAUGCAGUUGGUGUCAACCCCAUGAUAACAAUUCAGUCCACAGCAUAUUGUAUUGCCACUAAGAUUGCAGAAUCACUGAUGAAAGAAAUGAAGAACAUGAACAGCUAAUUUUGUACCAUUCUAGUUUAAGAGUUUCAUUUUUAAUUUAUCUUUUUCCUUCCAUGUUCAAAUCCAAUAAUUUAUCCAUGAUUUAUGUAUAUUGUUAGCAAUGACAUAAUGAACUUUAUUUGCUUGAA